AUGGGCAAAACUGUAGAACAGAUUUACCAGAAGAAGACGCAGCAUGAGCACAUCCUCACGCGUCCUGAUAUGUACAUUGGCACCAUUGAGCCGGUGACAGACGACAUUUGGGUCUAUGACGAUGCAGAGAACAUUAUGAAGCAGCGCAAGUGUACCUGGACGCCCGGGCUGUACAAGAUCUUUGAUGAGAUACUGGUCAAUGCGGCAGACAACAAGGUCCGCGACCCGCUCGGUCAGACCGUCAUUCGGGUGUGGAUGACGGAGGACUAUGUGCGAGUAUACAACAACGGCGAGGGCAUUCCAAUUCAGAGGCACCGCGAGCACGAUCUCUGGGUGCCGGAGAUGAUCUUUGGGCACCUCCUCACCUCCUCCAACUAUGACGACGAGGAGGCGAAGGUGACGGGAGGGCGCAACGGUUUCGGCGCGAAGCUGACGAACGUCUUCUCGAAGCAGUUCGAGGUCGAGACCGUGCACAGUCGUUCUCGCAAGAAGUUCUACAUGAAGUGGACGAAUAACAUGCUGCAACACGACGACCCCAUUAUCGUGCCGUGCGAGAGUGCCGACUACACUAUGGUUACCUUCUACCCCGACUUUGCGCGCUUCCACGUCGAUAAGUUUAGCGAGGACAUAUUGCUCAUGAUGAAGCGGCGCGUGUACGACGUCGCGGGGUGCACUGACAAGACCCUCAAGUGCUUCCUGAACGAUGAACGAAUCGCCUGCACCACCUUCCCGGAGUACGUCGACCUCUACCCCACCAUGGGCGAGGAGAGGAAGGCGGCGAGCUACUCCCGCGCGAAUGACCGGUGGGAGCUGUGCGUACGGGUGUCAAACAUUGGGCCGCAGCAGGUGAGCUUCGUCAACUCCAUCGCCACCACCCGCGGCGGCACCCAUGUCAAGUACAUCAUGGACCAAAUCGUCACCAAAGUGGUGGAGCAGGCCAAGAAGAAGAAGAAGACAGACGUGAAGUCGCAUAUGAUUAGGCCGCAUAUUUUUCUAUUCGUCAACUGCCUCAUUGACAACCCCAGCUUCGACUCGCAGACGAAGGAGACGCUCAACACCGUCAAGAGCAAGUUCGGCAGCACGUGCGACUUGCCCAACAGCAUUGUCGACUACAUCAUGAACUCCGGCAUCGUUGAGCGCUCAGUUGAAAUGGCGAACAGCAAGAUCGCGAAGGAGAUGGCGUCCAAGAUAAAGUCGUCGGAUCGGAAGCAGAUCAUGGGCAUCCCGAAGCUGGACGACGCCAACGAGGCGGGCGGCAAGCACGGCCACCGCUGCACACUGAUCCUUACAGAGGGUGACUCAGCCAAGACACUCUGCACGGCUGGCUUAGCGGUGAAGGAUCGAGACUACUUUGGCGUGUUUCCGCUGCGCGGCAAACCUCUCAACGUACGCGAGGCGUCGCUGAAGAAGCUGGCGGCUUGCGAAGAGAUCCAGUGCGUUAUGAAGAUUAUGGGGCUCGACAUUCGCCAAAAGUACGAGAACACCGACGGGUUGCGCUACGGCCACCUCAUGAUCAUGUCCGACCAGGACCAUGACGGAUCGCACAUCAAGGGGCUACUCAUCAACUUCAUUCACUGCUUCUGGCCAAACCUGCUGCGAGUGCCUGGUUUCCUUCAGCAGUUCAUUACCCCGAUUGUGAAAGCCCGACCAAAGGGCCGCGGCGGGGCCGGCAAGGCGAUCUCCUUCUUCUCCAUGCCGGACUACUUCGAGUGGAAGAAGGCGAUUGGGGACAACCUGAGCAACUACCAAAUUCGCUACUACAAGGGUCUCGGCACGUCCGGCGCCGAGGAGGGCCGCGAGUACUUUGAGAACAUUGACCGGCACCGCCUCAGCUUUGUGGAGCAGGAUCAGAGCGAGGAGGACCGCAUCGUCAUGGCAUUUGGCAAGGACCGCGUCGAGGACCGCAAGGAGUGGAUCACAAACUUCAAAACGAACGUGAACGUGAAUGAGUCGAUGGACUACAGCGUGCGCCAGGUGUCCUAUCGAGACUUUGUGGACAAGGAGCUCAUCCUCUUCUCCAUCGCUGACUGCGAGCGCAGUAUCCCGAGUGCGAUUGACGGCUUCAAGCCCGGCCAACGCAAGAUCCUCUUCUCCUGCUUCAAGCGUAACUUGGUGAACUCUAUCAAGGUGGUGCAGCUUGCCGGCUACGUCUCGGAGCACUCCGCCUACCAUCACGGCGAGCAGUCGCUUGUGCAGACGAUCGUCGGAAUGGCGCAGGACUUUGUGGGUAGCAACAACGUUCCGCUGCUGCGCAAGGACGGUCAGUUCGGUACGCGGCUGCACGGUGGCAAGGACCACGCCGCGGGGCGCUACAUUUUUACUCGGCUCAUGCACGUCGCCCGGGCCAUCUUUCAUCCGGCUGACGACUUCGUGGUCGAGUACAAGGACGACGAUGGUCUCUCUGUGGAGCCCUUCUACUACAUUCCGGUCAUCCCCAUGGUGCUGGUGAAUGGCACGACUGGUAUCGGCACCGGGUUCAGCACGAGCAUCCCGAACUACAACCCGCUGGAGGUCAUCCGCAACCUUGAGCGCCUCAUGCGAGGUGAGGAGGUGCACAAGAUGCAACCGUGGUACUUUGGCUUCACCGGCACAAUGGAGGAGAAGGAGCCGGGUAAGUUCAUCUCCCAUGGCAGGUACGAGGUACGCCCGGAUGGGGUCGUGUGCAUUACAGAGCUGCCGAUCGGCGUGUGGACGCAGACGUACAAGAAGUUCUUGGAGGACAUGCGGGAGAAGGAGCUCGUGGUGCAGUACCGCGAGCACACAACGGAUGUGACGGUGGACUUCGAAGUGUUUCUGCAUCCCCAGGUGCUGGAGCAGUGGGUCGCGCAGGACGUCGUCGAGGAGCGACUGCAGCUGAAGGAGUACGUGCACGCCACGAACAUCAUCGCCUUCAACAAGGAGGGUCAGAUCACCAAGUACUGGGAUGCGGAGUCGGUGCUCAAGGACUUCUAUCUCGUGCGCCUCGACUACUACGCAAAGCGCAAGGACUAUCUCUUGGGUGAGCUGCGUCGGCUGACGAGCAAGCUGGAGAAUAUGGUCCGCUUUGUGCGCGAGGUGGUGGAGGGCACGCUCGUGGUGACAAAGCGGAAAAAGAAGGAGCUGCUCGAGGACCUGCAGGGACGCCUGUAUCUCCCCUUCCCACCCCACGCAAAGAAGAAGCUAUCUUCGACAACCGUGGAGGAGGAGGGUGGCGAGGCGGAGCCUACUACACAGAACAGCGAAGAGGACGUGUUGGGUAUGGGAAGCGCUGCCGACGGUGGCGUGGACGACGGUGACGCAGAGACGCCUGAGGUGCGUCGUGCUACUCGCAACUACGACUAUCUGCUUGGCAUGAAGCUGUGGAGCCUUACGGCGGAGAUGAUCGCGCGGCUGGAGGCACAGCUGGCCCGGGCGCGCCACGACACGGCCACGAUGGAGGCCCGCACCCCCAAAGACAUGUGGAUGGAGGACCUCCAGGUGCUGCGCACCAAGCUGGAGAGCUUCUACGCCGCUCGUGAGGUGGAGAUUGCCACCAUUCAGCGCAAGAAGGUGAAGAAGCCGUUUGACGCGCGACGACUGCGCGUGCCGAUCUUGUCCGACAAGGCGCGGUCUUUGCUGCAGAAGGAGGCGGAGAAGCACCUGAAGGCAAACAGCAGCGGCGCCGGCCGGCGCAUCGGCGGCGGCGAUGACGCAAUGCUCGGCGAAGCUUCCUCGGCCGGUGGCGAGGCCGCACGGCCCAGACCAAAGAAGGCGGCGGUGAAGCGGCGACGCAAGAGGGACAGCGAUGAUGACGAUGACAGCGACUCCGACGAGGACUGGAUGUUGGACAACAGCGACGAUGGCGAUGAGGGUGAGAGCAUUGUGGGUAUGGGUGACGCCGGAGCGCCACCGGUACCGAAGCGGGCACGGGGCUGCGACCCUCCGAAGAAGCCCCGCGCAGCCCCGAAGCGCAGUGCGGCGUCGAAGCCGGGCAAGAAGGCUCAUAACAGCAGUGACGACGAUGGUGGCAAUUCAUGCGACAACCACAACAGCGGUAGCUCCAAGCCGGUGAGGCGCAGGCUCCGGAAGGAGGCGACAUUGUCAGCCACUGCUGCUGCUGCUACGAAGAAGGCGGCGGAUGACUUCGACCUGGAUGGUUUUGGACUCGAUGCACUUUCCUCCGCGUCACCGGUGAGCGCCGCACCAAAGACGACCGUGACUGCUGCGUCCCCGUCAAACGGCAGCGCAGCGCGCGCCAGAAAGCCCAACGCUGACGCCGACGAUGAUGACCUCCUCCUACUGGGGCUUGGUAAGGCGAAGGCAGAAGCGAAUCGACCGACUACCACAGCAAACAGCAAGAGGGACACCGCCAUCGCCACCGCCCCUGCAAAGCCGAGGCCGAAGCCAGCCGCUCGGCGCCGUCGCCACAUUAGCAGCAGUGACCUAAGCGAUGAUGACGGUGACAGCACUGAUGAAUCGGUGCCGUCAUCAGAGGAGUCUUCCUCGUCGUCAUCCGACCUCGGCUCCGACUACAGCUUCAGCGACUAG